CUUAUAAUGAAACAAAGGGAGUAUCAACUAAGAGUAAAUUAGAAACGAGUGUUAGAUGAUAUCCCUCCUAUAUAUUCUUGACACUAGUUGCAAAAUGGCGUUUUUGAACGACAUAAACAUUAGUCUUAUCACAUAGUAAUAAAAUGCGUGGUACAUUAUAACUUUGUGCGGUGAACGUUAUCACCAUUAUAUUAUAACAUAGUAUAUAAAAAGGAAUACAGAUGCAAAAAUGAGAGCAUAUUACUGGCCGACUUGGUGAAGCAAGCGAUAACGUGUGGUAGAAGGGGGCUUGGAGAUUCGGGUAUGGAGUAUGAUUGUGAUCGGAGAGAGACCAGAUCCUUAGAAGACCGUGACAUCCCCCAGUCACGUGGUCCUCUUUUGACUACAUUCUCUGAUCUCUCCCACUUUAACUGCAGAUUGAACUUGUCAUUAUUAUUACUUACUUUACCGUUUAAUUAAUUAUUAACGCUCUCUUUUUGAUUCAUUAUAGUUUGCUUAGCAGUGUUAAACAACAUUUCGUCCGUACAAAAGUAUUGUUUUAGAGUAAUAACUACUUAAUUAUUUGUUUCUGCUACAUGAUAUAAAAGACUGAAGUAUUUCAUUGGUAAAACCAUGUUUUUUUUUUAACAAAAUCGCCUAGGAAUACAUUAUAAUAGCAAUACAAAUAUAUAUAUUUUUUUUUGAUAAAAGAUUUAGCAAUACAAAUAUUAAAAGUAUAAAAUUCAUUUUAGCUAAAAAUGAUGGAAAUUAAUAGUGGAACAACUAAGGUGCUAAACAAAUAUAUUUGUGAAUAAAUUUAUAAGAAUUAAUAAAUUAUUCGAGCUAUUAUUUGGACCACCAAUAAAAAUGAAAUAGAGUAACUUCAACAAAAGCCUCUUAGAACUGAAUCAAUGACAUAUUCACUGUAUCAUCUUUUUAGACAAAUUAAAGGAGAAAACACAUGUAAAUCGAACCCAAAAAGGUAACAAUAUGGAUUCAGUCACACAUUACAUAUGUAAUAAGACCGGGACCAAACUUUGCUCUUUUUGUCGAGUUCUCAAAGCUCUAUAAAUAGUAAAUACUCUCCUGUCUCCACUUCACAAUAGCAACGUGUACUCCUUUGUUUUUAGCUGACUCCUCCUACACCGUUUCCUUAUAACUACCAAACACAUUAAACACAGCACAAGACACACACACACACACACACUUCUCGUUCUAUCUCUCAAAACACGAUUUACUUUUAGGGUUUCCAAUAUUACUAUACUAACGUUUAGUGAUGGGUUUCUCAAUGUUCUUCUCAGAAAACGACGUCGUCCAUCACUCCUCUCCUUAUGCUUCUGUUGACUGUACUCUCUCACUUGGAACUCCAUCUACUCGUCUCUGCAAUGACGACAACGACCGUAGAUUCUCUUCUCAUACCUCAAACAGAUUAUGCUGGGACUUCUUGCACGGUGCCAAGAAAGGCAGCGGCGGAGAUAACAGCUACCUCCUCCCUCGCCGUUGCGCUAACUGCGAGACCACUUCUACUCCUCUCUGGAGAAACGGUCCAAGAGGUCCCAAGUCAUUAUGUAAUGCGUGUGGCAUCCGAUUCAAGAAGGAAGAGAGACGUGCGUCCACCGUCGGGAUCUCGACUUCUCGCGGAGGAUCAACGGCGGCUGGAGUUUCGACUUCCGAUCAUCAUGGAGGAGCAAAUUAUUAUAACAACAAUCAUUAUGUUUCACCGUCACCUUGGAUUCACCACCAACAGCAUAAAGUCCCGUAUUACUCGCCGGAGAAUAACGAAUAUUCAUUCGUUGACGACGUCAGAGAGGUUAAUCAUGACGCCACAGCCAACCCGUUCUUGUCUUGGAGGCUUAACGUCACCGACCGGACCAGCCUUGUCCACGAUUUUACGAUGUGAUGAAUAUUAUCGUUUCAUAGAUUUUCCUUUAAAAAGGUCGCCUUGGAUAACAUUUAGCAUAAAAGACUAAAGUCUUAGCCUUGUCCAAAUUCUUUAAUUUUACUUUAUUUACAUAUAUAUAUUUGAAUGUUUUGCUUUCUUUUGGGUCUUUGUGUAAGUUUGUUUAAUUUAAAUUUAUUAUGAAGCUACUUGUGUUUACUUUUCA